AGGGAGAGAGAGAGUAAAGAGGGAGGGGAGGUUUAUCCAACAGCGCUGGUGAGACAGAAGUUUCAGCUCUGCGCUUCACACACAGCCAGGACAGAAGAUACCACACACAUACAUACAGAUACAAUGCUGCUCCCAGCAAGCGCGCUGAUUGGCCUGCUGUGCCUGAGCCAUGCAGGUGGUGUGUGGGGUUUUGCCCGUCUGCUGGAUGACGUGGAGCUACGCUCAGCUUUCUCAGUUGCACGCACCAACAGCAUGGAAGGCGGGCCCAAGAUGACUGUGACCUUUGACACUGUUUAUGUGAACAUCGGUGGGGAUUUUGAUCCCAAGGCUGGCUUGUUGCGCUGUCGUAUCCCCGGGGCCUACUACUUCUCCUUUACAGUGGGAAAGUUUCCACACAAAGACCUGUCUGUGAUGCUGAUGAAGAACAGAAACGAGGUGCAGGCCAUCGUGUACGAGGAAAACGCUGGAGAAGAGAGGAAGGUGCAGAGCCAGAGUGUAAUGCUGCAGCUGGAGUUCGGUGACACCGUCUGGCUCCGUCUCCAUGGUGACCCUCGCUAUGCGCUCUACAGCAACACCGGACACUACACCACCUUCAACGGCUACCUGGUCUACCCAGACACCUACGACUACCAGACACACCACCACCAACACCAUCCUGCCUUCAACUCCCAGCAGCCCCAGCAAGACAACAUCCCCCUGUUAAACAGUAACCAGGCCACAGAGCAUGUCAGGUCUGAUAAAAGAGACACGGUGGAGGAGAAGGAGCUGCAACGCAGGGAGGAAGAGGAGGAGGAUGAGGAUGACGAAGAGGAUGACCAGAGAUCUGCCUUCUCGGUGGGGCGCACCCAGAGCAUCGUGGGAGUAGACCAAGUGGGCAUGCCGCAGCACCAGCCAGUCAGCUUCGACACAGCAUUCGUCAACAUCGGAGAAGACUUUAAUGUGACAAAGGGGGUGUUCACUUGCCGCGUCCCCGGGGCCUACUACUUCUCCUUCAACGUGGGCAAGCUGCCGCAGAAGACGCUGUCCGUCAAGCUGAUGAAGAACCAUCUGGAGGUGCAGGCGAUGAUCUACGACGACAGCCAGGGCGAGAAAGCUCUACAGAGUCAGAGCUUGAUGCUGUCGCUGAAACCAGGAGACACGGUCUGGCUCUACUCCCACCAGAGAGAUGGCUUUGGGGCUUACAGCAACCACGCCAAGUACAUCACCUUUACUGGCUUCCUGGUUUAUCCAGACUUCCCCAACACCACCACCACUACCACCACCAGCCAAUCAUAUGCAGACAAGAAACCCUAGCUACAGCACAUGGGCUAGGGACUGAACAUUGUGGGAGGAAUUCAUGCAAAGUGGAAAAGUCUCAGAGUCCACAAAGGGCAGUUUCUUAGUUGUGUGCAGAGUGGAGAAUCCUCGUAAUGAAUGUUGCUUUGUGGUUGUCUUUGACACUUCCUCUUCAUAUGAAUUCCUUCGCAAAGUCACAGGGACCUUGGACUGAGUGCAGAGCUUAAAUGAAAAUCUCUUAGAUUUCCAGCUAAUGGCUUCCCAGGAUAUGACCUCAUCGCACUGGAACCUUGAAUGACAGUAAUGUGAACUCUGAUUGAAUAUUUCACUCUGUAAUGAAAACUCAUUACCUGCUCACCUCUGUGUCAGCCGAACUCUCAUUUCAGUUAGUGCGACCACCAAAAUGCACGGGGAGUUAGCUAUUGUACUUCUGUGUCAUUGGAAUUCCUGGCGUCUUUUUUACAGCACAAAAAAACUAUUCUGUGUCCACUGUUAGUACACCAUGAUGGAAGUAUUUUAUAAUCAAAUAAUUGCAGUGUGGGUGCAAAAGUUGACACACAACGUUCCAACCAGCGUCUCCCAUUGGAGUGAAAACAAAAUGGCAAUUCAGUCUAAUUGUCAGGAUCAAAGAAAUGAUGAUAAAAAAAUCUGAUGCACAUUUUGAUGCUUUUGAACUAUAAGGUAGGCAGUAGUAGUGGUUUGGUAAUCAUACAGACUGUACUUCAGUUUCGACUGACUUGAAGGUGAGGAGGUCAUCGCAGAAUUUUCAUUUUGAAGUGAAAUAUUUCUUUAAGUGCAUUUGUUAUCCUUGUCAAAGACUGUGUUUCUGCUUGUAUUUAAAAAAGUCACUUUACUUUAUGUCUUUAGAGGCACGUGAAAACGAUAUGAACUGUGUGUUUUGUGUCAAAAUGAGUCUUUCUGAGUGUUUCUUGCCCUGAUACUCGGCCACAGCGGGAGCAGAGGACAACAGGACGAACCUGACAAAGUUUUGGAAAAGUGCAGACUGCAUAUCCACCCCAUACCGACUGUUGACCACAUGCCACCUCUGGGCCUGCGGGGAUCUGGACCAUAAUUUCAUUUCUAAUUCUAGCAGCGCUAAAUUCAUUUCUUCAGAUGGCGACCACUGUGGGGAAAAUUGAAUUGCUUCUCCCAGGCCACUGUAAUAUGCAUGUCUGUUUAAUUUCACACCGCCAGGAGAAAGAUGAUGCCGUUCAAAUUGACUUUAUGAAAUCACCUUCUCAGUUGGAGACACACCGUGUGAAGUGAUACUUCACUGUGAUUGAACUUUUUUUUUUUUUAAUUAGUUAACUGGAUGUGAAUUUCUGAGAAGUCAAGUUCUGAUAUAAACUAUGGUCAAAACACAACAGUGAAAGCAGGCCAAUUUACUUUUUGAAAACUCAAACUGAUUUUUUUAAAAUUAACUCACUGUUUUCAGUUUUAUGAAUUCAAAUUAUAAUACAUUGGACUACAAUUAUAAAGGGUUGGUUCACCCGAUUUCUGCUGCCACUUCAAUACAAUAGAAGUGAAAAGUGUUAACAAUGGACCAAAUGACUAUGUGAUAUAUGAAAGGGGUUGCUUAUAGAGACAAAACCAUAGAGAAUCACCUGACUCUACAGUGCUCCUCAGCUAUAUGGAGCGUUUUAGCAUCUUUUAGCUCAUGUUCUCUUUUUACAGCCCAGUAGCGACGAACUGGUGAACAUGGAGCAUUUAGCAGCUAAAGAGCCAGAUGUUUCCCUCAGGACAUGGUGGAGAACGAAACAGAGCUAAAAGCAGAGUGAAUAUUGGACUUACAUUCAUCAGGUGGACACAAGCACGACUCAAAAUCAAUGCUAAUGCUGGAUGUGUAAAUAAGCAAGCUUUAAGAAUUUCAAUAGAAAUGUGUCUUUCCAGAGACAAUGUCCCUGUUACUCUGGAUAAUCCACAGAACACAAUGCAAACAUUUUUACUGGAAGUACUUUCUACCGAAGAAAUAGUCCUUAUGUGAAUUAUCCAGAGGAAUAUGGAUCCUGUUAGCAGCAUAAACACUGUUCCAUUCACCUCCAUUGUAUUGAGGUGACGGCAGAAAUCUCAGAGACAGAUAUCCCAAAACCUGGGCACAUAAAACCAAAACUAUCUACAUGGUUAGAUACAACUAGCUAUUGAUCACUAAAGUCAAGCUCAUUGUAUUAGUGGCAAGCUAGUUUUGGAGUUUUCAGAGCUUUUUUGUUAUCUCCAACAAACCCAACAAAGUAACUUUGUAACACUUUAACCCUUUAAAGAAAAGAUGCUAGGUUUUGUCCACCAGAGCCAUGUUGCAACAGAGUUUUGUUGUUAGAUAUGACUUGAGAUACAAAUACAGUACAUAAGUAGAAGUAGAAGAUAAAUCAAAGGGGCCACAAAAAGAUCACCAAGAUAGGAAAGAAAAAGAAAAAAAAAAACAACGCAAUUAAAAAAUGAUGUUUGUUUGAAAUACUGAAGGCUUUCACCUUUUAAGACCUUUAAAAUCACAACAAUCUGAGAAGAGAACAUCACUCUCGUUUAACUGCUCAUGGCUCAUAGCCAUACAGUAUGCAACCUGUGAUAAGAGGUCAUGAAUAGACAUUGCUUAGGGCACUGGUUCCCAACAUGGGGGUCAGAACCCGUAAGGGGUUCCAAGAUAUAUCUGAGGGGCCACAAGAUGAUUAAUAGUACAAACAAGAAAAGGAAAAAAAUCUGUUAAACCAAAUUCUGUUUAUUUUUUCUGACUUUCCUCGAAUGUUUUUGUUGUGAAGUUAUGGCUAUUUGGCCAUAACCUGUGAAGAGGGGUCACAAGUAAACAUUUGAAGGCGUCACAAGCCAAAAAAGUUGGAAACCGCUUCUCUAAGGACUCCUGUAGAUCAUGGACCACACUUUGGAAACCACUGGGUCCAUGCAAGCUAAAAAGUUUCCAUUAAAAUUAAAUAUCACAAAAAGCUGGUGGAAAGUGACGCUGUACUCUUGUCUGCAAACAAUUCCUCUAAAGAACUGCAUUCAGACUGAUGCACUAUAGCAAAGCACAACAUCAACAUUAGGUUUCUCUUGAUAUAUUUACUAUCAAAGAAGUAUCAAAAUGUGACCACACUGUGCAGUCAGAGAGGUGAAAAGCUGAAUUUUCUUCCAAGUCUUCAUGGCACCGGGGAAAUGGUCUCACACCUUCUCUGAAACUAAUAACAGACAGCGAGUCUCAGGCUUCACACUCUCACCAGCCUCUCUCCACCACGGUGUUACUAAUCGACAAUUUCCUGUCCCGUACGGCUGCAGCGGCUUCUAAGUUUUACUUUAAGACAGACCUGACCCAGUUAAGUAAAUCCGUCUGUGAAGGUGUUAAUAAAUACACAGAACUCAUGGUGUGUGAAGUGACUUGAGCAUAACUCAUCUGACACACUCAAAAGCACUUGUGUGAUGCAUGCAUAUAACUGAAAAUACGAUGAAUUAAAAAGAUACUUUCUCAUGAUGGCUGAACAGCUUCACAGGCCCAGUUGCUGCCUGUUAACUGUGUAUUUUUAUUAAGUGAAUUAUCUGUACAGUAACUGACAAUAUGUUGGAUGUUUCCAGACUGUGCUUCUUUCUUUCAGAUAGUCCUGAUGAAAGAUUGAUCAUUGUGUAUUAGAAACUAUGUCGCGCAGACAUGGGUCAAAAAUGUGGUUCAAAGUAAUUCCUGGUUAUUGCUCGAUUUUGGCUUGGCAAAAUUAGCAAUUUUGUGUCCCAAAAGCACAAAUCCAACCAUGACGGAAAAAUAACAAAUAUAAAAAAAAAUAUUUUGACCCAUGUCUUGUUUUCUGGCUCAUGUUGACUCUUUGAAAUGUUUUGAGUAUUUCUUACAUGUAAAAUGAAUGCUUCAAUUAAAAUGUUUGACAAAAUAAGAAAU